AUGUUACGAUGGAAGGAUAAAAUUGGAAAAUGUACGUCCUACCUCGAUUACACGCAGCUGCAUACUGAAAGUUGUGCGAGACUCGUGCUGAGAAUUACUACUGCAUGCUUAUGUUUGUCUACAGCUCAAUUAUUAGGGUAUGACUGGGCUCUACGCGGUGCGCUUCUACACGGUGUCGCGGGUAGAAUACGGCGGCUGGAAUUAGAGGUGGCAUUGCAAAAGCCUGAGGCCCUGUGUUUUCAUGGGCCGAGGAUCAAGCCGCCUUCGAGGUCCAGCAUCAUAGUAGAAGGGGUCUUCAUCGCUGUCGAGUCGACAAUGAAGUACCUUGGACCUAUCCUCGACAGUAGGUGGAACUUCAGGCCGCACUUUACACGGCUCGCCCCCAGGUUGUUGGUCACCGCUUCUGCACUCUCGCACUUGCUGCCCAACCUGGGGGGCCCGACUCCUCGUGCCGGAGACUCUACAUUGUCGAUGGCGCUAUAUGCCGCGCCAGUGAGGGCAGAGGCCUUGACGGCUCGCAACGUCGCUGCGCUGCGAAGGCCGCAGCGCGUAGUGGCUAUUAGGAUCCUACGAGGGUACUUUACGAACUCCUUUGAGGCAGCGAGCCUCCUAGCUGGAUCCCCCCCCCUCUGGGACCUCGAAGCAAAGCUCCUCACGAAGCUCUAUUGGUGGCGCGUGGAGACGAACGCCUGA